CAAACAAACAUGGCGGAGAAAGAAGUUGACGAUAUCCGCGGCACCUGUGAGUUAACUGCUAAUUCUGAAGACGUGGGGGUAACUGAGCCCCAAAAUUCACCUGAAGAUGAGAACUCGAAGAGCUCUUCCUCUCAGGAUAUCCACGACCUCAAAAGCGUCCUCGUCACCAGCGUUUUAAACCUGGAGGAGCUCGACGUUGAUCUGUACAGAGGGACGCACCACUGGGUGCCCCGAACUCAGCGUUUGUUUGGAGGUCAAAUAAUCGGUCAGGCCCUUGUGGCUGCUGCCAAAUCCGUCAGCGACAAUCUCUAUGCCCACUCCCUCCACUGCUACUUUGUACGAGCAGGGGAUCCUAAGAUUCCGGUGCUGUACCAGGUUGACCGCACGAGAGAUGGUCGCAGUUUCACAGUGCGCUCAGUGAAGGCCAUCCAGCAUGGACAACCUAUACUGAUCUGCCAAGCAUCCUUCCAAAAGCUGCAGCUGAGCCCCCUGCAGCAUCAGUUCACCAUGCCGUCAGUGCCUCCGCCUGAAGACCUCCUCACUGUAGAGGAGCUUAUCCACCUUCAUCUGAGUAAACCAGACCUGGCCGAGAACGCCAAAAAAGGCCUCAACAAACUGCUGGCGAAUGAGGUUCCCAUUGAGAUAAAGCCCAUCAACCCAUCAAGCUUUUAUAGAAUGACUCCUUCUGAACCAAGGAGGCUGUUCUGGGGGCGAGCUCGAGGAUAUAUCGGUGAAGGCAACAUGAAGCUGCACUGCUGCGUUGCUGCUUACGUAUCAGACUUUGCGCUACUGGGCACAGCGAUGCUGCCUUACCCCGAGUACAGGGCCCAGUUUGUUGCCUCCCUGGACCACGCAAUGUGGUUUCACAGCACAUUUCGCAGUGAUGAGUGGAUGUUGUACGAGUGCGAGAGCUCGUGGGCAGGGAGCAGCAGGGGACUGGUACAAGGCCGACUAUGGAGGAGAGACGGGGUUCUGGCUGCCUCGUGUGCACAGGAGGGUGUCCUGAGAGUGAAACCAGUCACCAGCAAGCUAUAGAAACAUUGUCUAAUGUCAUUAUGUACUAAUAUAUUAUUUCUAAGCUUAAAACUAUUAAUUUAAUGUUUGUUUGUUUUUUAAAUUAAGAAUCAAAACCAGAUGUUAUUUUCAGUCAACAAAGCAACCUUGUCAUUUGUUGAGGAGACGUGCUUUAAAGAUUCUCACACAUGAAACUGAUUCUGUUGCAUAGGCUUAGGUCUGAUGCUUCAAGUGUUGCUGUUCUGACAUGUUUCCCAUCCUGUCCUGUAACGCCUUUGAAAGAAAUAUACAGUCAGUGUUGAUGUUAGUAGACUAAUGGCGGAACAACAGCUUGCUACUAAUUGUGAAAGUAGGUGACAUUAAAACAACACACUGGAUUGUGACAUUUUAAAUCAGUGUUCCACAAAGUUGGAGCAUAAAUGGCUGUCGUGCAACUACUAAUUGUUGUUGUUUUUUUCAUGGGAAGUAAAGAUAUGCCUCUUGAAAAGAAUGGAAUAGGUGAAGUGAAUCUCGAGGACAGUCGUUCCGACACUCUUUGAUUAAAAAUAUAUCAGAAUAGAGCA